CGGUGGCUUCAUCACAGCAUCCAUCGCCGCCGGCCACCACCACCACCACCGCCGCCGCCGUCUUACUCUCUCUGUCUCGAGCUCGAGCUUGUUGUUGUUGAUAUGGCGAUGGUGUUGCCGGAGACGGCGGCGGAGGGGAAGGCGCUGACGGACGCGUGGGACUACAAGGGGAGGCCGGCGGGGAGGGCGGCCACCGGCGGGUGGGGCUGCGCGGCGAUGAUCCUCGGGGCGGAGCUGUUCGAGCGGAUGACGACGCUGGGCAUCGCCGUCAACCUGGUGCCGUACAUGACCGGGACGAUGCACCUCGGCAAUGCCGCCGCCGCCAACACGGUCACCAACUUCAUCGGCACCUCCUUCAUGCUCUGCCUCCUCGGCGGCUUCGUCGCCGACACCUACCUCGGCCGCUACCUCACCAUCGCCAUCUUCGAGGCCGUCCAGGCCACCGGCGUGAUGAUACUCACGAUCUCCACGGCGGCGCCGGGGCUGCGGCCGCCGGCGUGCGGCGACCCGAAGGGGGCGAGCGCGGAGUGCGUGGCGGCGGACGGGACGCAGCUCGGGGUGCUCUACCUGGGGCUCUACCUGACGGCGCUGGGCACGGGGGGGCUCAAGUCCAGCGUCUCCGGCUUCGGCUCCGACCAGUUCGACGAGUCCGACGUCGACGGCGAGAGGAAGAAGAUGAUGCGCUUCUUCAACUGGUUCUACUUCUUCGUCAGCCUCGGCGCGCUGCUCGCCGUCACCGUGCUGGUGUACGUGCAGGACAACGUCGGACGCCGGUGGGGGUACGGCAUCUGCGCCGCCGGCAUCCUCGCCGGCCUCGCCGUGUUCCUCUCCGGGACCAGGAGGUACAGGUUCAAGAAGCUGGUGGGGAGCCCCCUCACCCAGGUCGCCGCCGUCACCGCCGCCGCCUGGAGCAAGAGGUCGCUGCCGCUGCCGUCCGACCCAGACAUGCUCUACGACGUCGACGACGCCGCCGCCGCCGGCCAUGACGUCAAGGGCAAGCAGAGGAUGCCACACAGCAAGGAGUGCCGGUUCCUGGACCAUGCGGCGAUCAUCGACAGGUCGGCGGCGGAGUCGCCGGCGACGGCGAGCAAGUGGAGGCUGUGCACGAGGACGGACGUGGAGGAGGUGAAGCAGGUGGUGCGGAUGCUCCCCAUCUGGGCGACCACCAUCAUGUUCUGGACCAUCCACGCCCAGAUGACCACCUUCGCCGUCGCGCAGGCCGAGCUCAUGGACCGCCGCCUCGCCGGCGGCUUCCUCAUCCCGGCGGGCUCCCUCACCGUCUUCCUCAUCGCCUCCAUCCUCCUCACCGUCCCCUUCUACGACCGCCUCGUCGUCCCCGUCGCGCGCCGCGCCACGGCCAACCCGCACGGCCUCACCCCGCUCCAGCGCGUCUUCGUGGGCCUCUCCCUCUCCAUCGCCGGCAUGGCCGUCGCCGCGGCCGUCGAGCGCCACCGCGCCACCGCCUCCGCCUCCGCCGCCGCCGCCGCGCCCACGGUGUUCCUCCUCAUGCCGCAGUUCCUCCUCGUCGGCGCCGGCGAGGCGUUCACCUACAUGGGCCAGCUCGACUUCUUCCUCCGCGAGUGCCCCAAGGGGAUGAAGACCAUGAGCACGGGCCUCUUCCUCAGCACCUGCGCCAUCGGCUUCUUCUUCAGCACGCUGCUCGUCACCAUCGUCCACAAGGUCACCGGCCAUGGCGCCCGCGGCGGCGGCUGGCUCGCCGACAACCUCGACGACGGCAGGCUCGACUACUUCUACUGGCUGCUCGCCGUCAUCAGCGCCAUCAACCUCGUCCUCUUCACCGUCGCCGCCAGGGGGUACGUCUACAAGGAGAAGCGCCUCGCCGACGCCGGCAUCGAGCUCGCCGACGAGGAGACCAUCGCCGUCGGCCACUAAUAGUGACCGAUCGAUGCGUCAGCAUGACAUACGCAAGCUAGCUACCAGUUAGCUGCACGCGUCGUGUAUGUACGUCGUCCUUGUAAUAACUUUGGUUUUUUCUUUUCUUGUAUUUUGAAUUUUUCUUCUUCUUCUUCUUCUUCUUCUUCUUCUUCUUCUUCUUCUUCUUCGUGUAUUGUAUUCGACGUAUUUCGCCGGGUAUAAUUUGGGUGUAUUCUCAUCGCACGUAUAAUUAAUUAAUUAACCAACUACGUAAUAACUACGUGGAGUUAAUUAAUGUGUACGUACGUGGGGUGUAUGUAGAAGGAAGAUAUAUACGUACGUAGGGAAGGGGGAGAUUUAUACGGCAAUGUAUAAUUUGCCACAAAGUGUAUUACUGAUGUAUAUGUUUAUACGUCUUUUAUACUGAUAGUGUGCAGGGCAGGAGGAAAUUCCUGCAUAUGCGAGGUGCGGGCGCACCUCUCAAUCUGAUCAAUAAAUUAAACACAAAAAAGUUUUUGUUCA